GCAGAAGAAUCAACUUCUCAAGUUUUACAGUGAGUGUGAGAGCAAGAACAUGGAGGUUCGUAGAACACUUAAGGAAGGUAGAAGCAGUGAUUUAGACAGUGCUCUCAUACAGUGGUUUAAGCUUCUGCGCGCUGGUAACGUCCCUGUGUCCGGAGAGAUGAUAAUGGCGCAGGCAAAAAUUUUCCAUGCUGAACUUGAUUUACAAUAUGAUUGUAAAUAUUCUCAGGGAUGGUUACAAAAAUUCAAAACGAGACAUGGAAUUACUUUACAUCGCAUAUGUGGUGAGAAAUCUAUUGCAGAUAAGGACGCAGCCACUAAGUUUGUGAACGAGUUCGCUCAGUUUAUUGCACAAGAGAAACUAACCCCAGAGCAGGUUUGCAAUGCUGAUGAAACUGCUCUGUACUGGCGUCGUCUCCCAGGAAAAACUUUGACUCAAGAAACAGAACAGGAAUGUACUGGCAGUAAGGACAGGGUGUCAGUGCUUGGAUGUAUAAUGCAGGGAGAUGGUUCAUCUCCACAGCCCCUUCAUGUAGUGGAUAGGAAGGUGCUUGACAUCAUUGGGAAGAAAGAUGUCAAUGUUAUGGACUUCGAAAAGGUUAUAGAAAUAACUUUACCCAAUAAAAAAGAGGCUGCAGAAUGUGGGACCGUCAGAAAUGCUGCUGCCUCCACAACACUUCCAGCAACUGAGACAGCUGCCCAUCCUGUGCAUGCUGACACAUACAGUGCGGUGGUGGAGAAAAACAAAGAGGAUGUGGACGACCAGGAGCAUCAAGAAUUAGAUUUUGAACUGAAGCUUUUAGAUAGUCAAUUAAAAAAGAAAGAGCUAGAAUUAAAAAAGAAAGAGAUAGAAUUAAAACAGAAAGAAAUUGAGCUGAAAAUAGAAAAAAUAAAGUUCUACCAAUUACAAAAUAAAAAACUUGAACAAUCUAUGACAUGUAUUGAAACUCCAACUGUAUUUAAUAAAAAGUGACAACAAGCAAUAAUAUAUAUA